GUAGUAUAUCAUCGGUUUUAAAACAAUCGCAAUAAAAUAAUGAUAGUAUAAAGCAUGAAAAUGCCCUUCCAUGAUCAGGGCUGCUACGGGGUAAAAUAAGGAGUCCGACACAUAUAAAAUGCUACGCUCCGCCUGCGAUUUGGCCCUCUUUACCCAUUGAACCAUCAUGUCCAUCGGCACAAUCCAGUCGUACCCUGAUAACCCCCGUGUUGCUAAGGCCCAGAUUGCCGCUGCCUACAGCGGUGUCUCUGUUAACGUCGAAGGCUUCGACUUUGCCAAAGACAAGACUCCCGAAUUCUUGGCCAAGUUCCCCUUGGGCAAGAUUCCUGCCUUCUCCAGCGACAAGGUUGAUUUGUUUGAAUCCACUGCUAUCGCUUACUAUGCUGCUGCCCAGCAGGAGAACUCCCCUCUUUUGGGCUCGAACGCUGUCGAAAAGGCCUUGAUCCUCCAGUGGAUCCUUUUCUCUGAGAACGAAAUCAGCAACAACCUCGGCACCUGGGUCUACCCCUUGUUGGGCUUCGUGCCCUAUAUGAAGCCCAGCGUUGAUGCUGGUACUGAAAAGGUCAAGCGUGCCUUGGGUGCCUUGGACAAGAUUCUUUUGACCAAGACCUACCUUGUCGGUGACGAAGUCACCUUUGCCGAUAUUGCCGUUGUGACCUCGUUGGUCCUCGGUUAUAAGACUGUUUUUGACAAGGCUUUCCGUUCCGAGUUCAAGAACGUCACCCGUUACUUCAACACCAUUGUUGCCAAGAAGCACUUCAAGGCCGCUUUGGGUGAGGUUGCCUUGUGCGAGACUCCCUUGAAGUACACUCCUCCCAAGAAGGAAAAGAAGGAAAAGAAGGAAGAGCCCAAGAAGAAGGAGCAACCCAAGAAGGAAGCCGCCGCCGCUGAGGAGGCUCCCAAGCCUGCUCCCAAGCCCAAGUCUGCUUUGGACUUGUUGCCUCCCUCCAACUUCAAGUUGGACGACUGGAAGCGUCAAUACUCUAACAACGACACCAAGGACGUCAUGCCUUGGUUCUGGGAGAACUUUGAUUCCGAAGGUUUCUCCAUCUGGCGCGUCGACUACAAGUACAACGACGAAUUGACCCAGGUCUUCAUGUCCAACAACUUGAUUGGCGGUUUCUUCGCCCGUCUGGAGCGUGCCCACAAGUACGCUUUCGCCUCGAUGCUCGUCCGUGGUACCAACAACAACAACAGCAUCUCUGGCUACUUUGUCAUCCGUGGCCAGGAAGUGCCCUUCGAAAUCUACGAUGCUGCUGACUACGACUCGUACACCUUCACCAAGAUCGAGCCUUCGCAGUACGAGGAGAAGAAGGAUGAAAUCUUCAAGUACAUGGCUUGGGAACUCGAUGACUGCGCCGACGGCAAGGUCUUCAAAUAAACACAUCGCGUUAUCUCCCGACCCUACUCGCAAUCUCUCUCGUCAACAAAUAAAAACAAUAAAGUCAUUUGUACAAAGUUCUUAUAUCAAUUCCCCAAUCUUGGUUUUGACCGUACAAAGAAUGGAUGGUGAUGAUAUGUUCGGGAUAUCUAUUGGGCAACUCUGGUAUAAAGGGAUGGGGUUCAUUGUAGAUUCCAGCAAAACCAGUUUGUUCCUGCUUCAAGGUAUAUAGGUUGUCAAUAGUGUCUAACCCUGUAUGCAUCGUAGAUACUGUAAACUUUAUGACGGCUAGCCUAGUGAAAUAUGAGGACUCAAAGAUUGAUGCAUAGUGGCGUACUCUGCAUCAACAAAUGAUUGUGCGUGUCUAUAUACAAUAUCGUUAGCAAUUGUUUUAAAAGCACAUAUGUCAUAAGGUAUCUGAAUUUUCUACGGUGUGUGAACCCGCUUAAAAGUACCACUUCAUCAUCAUAAAGC